GGGGCCCCCUGUGACCCCCCAAUGUCCCCCCAGGGCGAGCGCAAGGGCACCAACAAGUACUACCCCCCCGACUUCGACCCUGCCAAGCAUGGCUCCCUCAACAAGUACCACCACAGCCACCCCCUGCGGGAGCGCGCCCGGAAGCUCUCCCAGGGCAUCCUGGUCAUCAGGUUCGAGAUGCCCUUUAACAUCUGGUGCGACGGGUGCAAGAACCACAUCGGGAUGGGCGUCAGGUACAACGCGGAGAAGAAGAAGGUGGGGAAUUACUACACCACCCCCGUGUACAGGUUCAGGAUGAAGUGUCACCUGUGCGUGAACCACAUCGAGCUGCAGACGGACCCCGCGAGCUGCGACUACGUCAUCGUGAGCGGGGCCCGGCGCAAGGAGGAGCGCUGGGACCCCCGGGACAGCGCCCAGGCCCCGCCCCCCUGUGAGUCCAGGAUGGCCCAGUAACA